GCAGUUUUCACAUCUCUAACCCGUAGCCGAAUUAUUGUUUUUUGUUUCCACUAAUUAAAUUGCAAGAAAAUUGCUUAAAUUGUGCGUUUAAAAUAGCGGCAACUCGGCAGACACAGAAUGGAGGCGGUGCCGCGUUUGCAUAUGCUGUGGUUCGCCCUCAAAUCGAGUCCCGAAGGGACCUCCUUUUCGGCUCUGAAAAAGUACAUUGCCGAAUUCUACCAUGAAGAUCCCGAAGCUUACUCCAAAGAGGUCCAUGCCUUGGAGACGCUGCGCAACCAGGCCAUGCGCACCACCAAGGAUGGAGCACCGGUGAUGAAGCGCUACUAUUGCCAGCUUCACGCCCUCCAGAAUCGUUUUCCCCAGCUGGUGGAUCGCGGCAUCUUUACCUUUACGUGGAAGGACCUCUACCACAGUGCCGUGCACGAGGUUAGCGAUCUGCGCUUUGAGCGUGCUGCUGUUCUCUUCAACAUUGCCGCCUCACACACACAAUCCGGAGCAUCGGUGACCCGUGGCGAUGUAGAUGGCAUGAAGAUGGCCUGUACUCACUUUCAGGCCGCUGCUUGGGCCUAUGGAGAGCUGAGGGAGCGCUAUGCCAAUGUCAAUAGUGGCGGUGAUUUCAUGACCCAGGAGCUGCUGGUGUUCCAGCAACAGGUGUGCUUUGCCCAGGCCCAGGAAUGCAUAUUGGAGAAGUCGCUUAUAGACAACCGAAAGCCGCAUAUUGUGGCCAAGGUUACGGCCCAGAUAGUGGUUUAUUAUGGAGCUGCUUUGGCGGCUCUGCUCACCGGGGGAGAUGAGGGUCCCGUGGCCCAGGUCAUUGACAGCUCUGUCUACAAGCUGUGGAAGAAGUAUGUGCGCUUCAAGAUCAAUUAUCUGAACUGCAUCCUGUACUUGUACCAGGGACAACAUGCCGAGGAGAAGCGACAGAUGGGCGAGCGUGUGACCUUGUAUGAGGCAUCCUGGGAAAAGUUGGAAGAGGCACGCAAGGAGUCCAAGGGCCUGCCCGACCAGAGGGAAAUCAAUGAAUCCCUCAGUUUCACCGCCGAUGUCGUCGAGGCCAAGCGCAAGAAUGCCAAGAAUGAGAAUGAGUUUAUCUACCACGAGGCAGUGCCGGAACUCUCCACCAUUGCUGCAGUCCAAGGUGCCAAUCUGGUCAAUGGCAUUGGCUUCCAAGUCACCGAUGAAGAGCACUCUGGCCCGGAUAUCUUUGCCAGACUGGUGCCUAUGAAGGCCCAUGAGGCCAGUUCUUUGUACAGCGAGGAGAAGGCCAAGUUGCUGAGAAAGUAUGGGGCUUUGCUGGAGGAGAAGGACACCCAACUGGAGGCUUAUAUGAGUUCCCUAACCCUGGAUAAUCUGAACAUUAAUGAGGAGCAGGCCAACAAGCUGCCCCAGGGCAUAGUGGAUCGUUGUGCUUCUCUAAAUGCCAACAAAACCGCCAUUAGUGACCUUGUGGAGGCCAUGUCGCAGCUGGCGGAGAUAACAGCGGAUGUUGAGACCAAUUUAGGGGAGAUUUCUCAGAUGCUAGAGGCGGAGGCCAAGGCGGAACAGGAGUUCCAGUCAGCCAGUGGAGUACAAAGAACCCCCAAUGCUCACAUAACCGAGCUGACCAGAGAAUUCCAAAAGUACAGUGAGGCCCAUGCCCGAGCUGGUGAAUCCAACAACACUUUGCGCAAUGCCAUGAGCCUGCACGUCAACAACCUAAAGAUUCUGGCCAGACCUUUGCCGGAAAUCCAGCAACUGAUGCCCAAGCUGAGCUCAGAGCUGAACACCACGGAAAUCUUCAGGGAUGUCAAGCUAAUAGUCAACAAGGUGAACGAAAUGAAGGCUCAGCGAGCUCAGUUCCAUGCCGAUCUAAGGAUUGCCAUCAACGAGGAUGACAUAACCACCAAGGUGAUAGCCCAUGGGGGUCAGGAAGGUCUCCAGGCUCUCUUUGCCGCAGAACUAAGUAAACACGACAAGUUGACGCAGUUGCUGGAUCUGAACAUGGAGGCUCAGGCCAACAUACUGCAGGCUCUCACCGAGAAUUAUGCCAAGGCGGCGCCGGUACUGAAGACCCUCCAGGAUGUGAAGCAGAAGAGGGAGCACUUUUACAGCUCCCUGGCCGUCUCCUAUGAUGUGUACGGGGAUCUGAUGGCCAAGUCGGCGAAGGGAUUGGAGUUCUACAAGAAGCUGGCAGGAAACGUACAGAAGCUACUCACCAGAUUUAGGUCCGCCAGGGAUGUGCAGUCGGAGGAGCGUCAGCAGCGAAUGCAGAGUGUUAAGGCGGCGGCAGCCACACCUCCUGCGGUGAGUAAAUCCCUAGCAGAAGCAACGAUCACUAGCAGCAGCACGCCCAAGCUGAGGGAUUACCUAAAGGCCAAGGCAGCCAUGGCGGAUGCCUCAAAUCCCAGCUAUGUGCCCACAGUGCGUCCCGUGCCCGUGGGCUCGGAGAAUCCCACGCAGGCCGCCUGUUCCUAUGCCACUGCAUUACCGCCAAAUGAGCCACCGCCGCCAUACAGCUUGACCCAGCAGCAGUACUUUGAUCCCAGUGCCGCUGGCUACACGAAUCCCAUGUAUCAGCAGCAGCAGAACGUUGCUCCGCCGGCCUACAAGGCUCAGGCAUCACCCAAUUCCCAGACGCUGCAUGGAGCCUUGGCGCAAAUGAGUUUGCAGGCACAAACCUUGGACCCCAAUCAAGCGGGAUUGGGCUAUAGCUAUGGCUUUCCAAGUGGAGCGGUACCUCCGCUGGCCUAUGCGGCGCCGGGUGUGGGUCCUGGAGCCCCAGCUAGCUCUGCUUCCCAGGGAUUUAGCUACCAGCAGCCCUUGUAUGUGGCCACAUCGGGGAAUAACAAUUCCAGUGAGGUGCCCUCAUCUCUCCAGGCUCCUUAUGCGGGGAACACCUACCAGGGAACGGCGGGAGCAGGCUAUCCGGGAGGGGCAUACUUACAGGCUGGUCAAAAUCAACAGCAAGUGGGUUAUCCUGCGGCAUCAACGGGUUAUCCAGCGGGACAGGCAAUGGGAUUUGCUCCAAAUCAGCAGCAGCAACCUGGAGGAUAUGGCCAGCAGCAGAAUCAACAGCCACAGGUGGCGGGCUAUCCUAUAACGCAAACUUCGCAGCAGAUAUCAACGGGUUAUCCGCAGUCUGUGACGGGAUCUACAGGAUAUCCGCAGGCACAGACACAGCAGCAGCAGCAGCCUUCGGUUUAUCCUCAGUCCCAGACGCCGCAGCAACAGGUCACCGGUUAUCCACAAUCCCAGACGCCGCAACAACAGGCUACGGGUUAUCCGCCAGCUCCAACACCUCAGCAACAAGCUCCAACCUUUUCUCAAACUCAAACAACGCAACAGCAGGCGGCAGGAUAUCCACAGACUCCACAGCAUCCCCAAGCAGCCGCUGGGUAUCCUCAAGCCCAGACUCAGUCACAGGGCCAGGCUUACACGCAACCACAAGCGGGUUAUCCAGCACAGCCCUCGCUGUAUCCCUCCCAGGCUGUUCAAGCCUCGCCGCAAUCAGCUCCUGUGAUGCCCCAGAAUCCUGGCCAAUCCUUGCAGUAUCCCCAGGCAGGUUCAUCUCCUGCUCCGGCUCCUGAGGCAUCUCCCAUUCCUGCACCCAUACCAGCUGGAGUUCCCAACAAUCCUCCCGUUCCCACACAAGCUCAACCACCUCAACCCUCAGCCACGUACAGCAGCUACUCCAAUCAUCCCGGCUACAGCUUCAAUCCCCAGACGGGCAAGUACGAGUACAGCAGUGGCUAUCAGCAGGACAGCAGUUCGGUGAAGGGAACCCAAGGAUCCCAGAGCUACCAGUUCAGCCAAAGUGGCCAGCAGCAAGCAGUUGGAACCACAGACUCGGAGAGUGCCAACCGCACUAAUCCGGCCACAGGAUUUGAUUCGCCCAUUGUGUCUCACACCAAGGCGAACCUGCCAGCCCAGGACCCCAUGGCGGCGGAUGGAAAUCGCUCAGAGUCGUCCCAAUACUACACCACUCCCUAUGGUUACCAGCAGCAGGCGCAAACGCAGCUAAAGCCUACUCCUUUGGCGCCAACGAAUCCCACAUCGGGUUCCAUUUACAUGCAGAGCGGAGCCAGCAGCAUUGCCAACACCCAGACCACCACAAGUGGACCUCCGUAUGCCUCCUCCACUGCCUCGGUUAAGCCGCAGGCGGAGACCAAGGUGGAGGCAAUCCCACCCAAGGUAUCCAGUAGCAAUGUGGACCUGCUAAGUGAUCUGGACAUUGAUUUAUCCGUGGCUGUGCCGCCACCUAUGAUGCCCCAACCCGUGCUGCAGCCCACGCCGCCAGGCAGCCAGGUGGAGAGCGUAGCUCCCGCAACGCCUGAAGUUCCCCCAGCAGCAGCAGCAGUUCCCGAGGAGAUCACCCCAAUUCCUGAACCCUUGCCAGUGGCUAAUCUCAAGUCCGGUAGUCUGGAUAAUCUUUCCAAUUGCUCCGAUUUGAGUUCUCUGGAGAACUUUGAUUGGGAUUCGGUUUCACUCACACAUUCCGCCAGCGAGAAGCAGCAGCCACUUAAGGCAACAGCUGGAGCCAAUGGCCAUCCCAACAAUUUUUCAUUCCAAGCCGAAACAUUCACCGAUGAGAAGACUACAAAAUAUUUCCAAAAGGAGGUCGAAAGCUACGAAAAGUUGCUGGAGAAUCUCCACGUCAAAAUGCUGAAUGGAAAGACCCAGCUGGGGGCCAAGUGGCACGAGUUGCAGCAGAAGCUGGACAAGGAGGCAAGUGCCAGCAAGCGAUCCACCACGAUUGCUAAGUUGUUUCCCGAAAAGAAUCGAUCCCUCGAUUGUCUGCCCUACGAUCAUGCCCGAGUGAAGCUGGACAAGCAGACAGAUGACUAUAUCAAUGCUGCUUACAUGAAGAACUUGAGUGCCGGCUGCCCGAACUUCAUCAUUGCUCAGACUCCGCAGGCAAAUACCAUCAACGACUUUUGGUCCAUGAUCUGGUCGGAGAAGUCGCGCACAGUGGUCUGUUUGCAUACCACCAAUGAGCUCUUUGAUCCAUUCUGGCCACAAAGCUUGGAUCAGACUGCGCAUUAUGAUGACUACAGCGUGACCUGUGUGAAAAUUCAGCAACUCAGCCACUGUUCUGAGUAUCAACUGAAGUUGUCCAUGCACGGAGCAGACGCUGUUUUGGAUUUAUCCCUGCUGCAGUUGAAGCAGUGGACCAAGGGAUCACCUGCUCAACUUCUGGGUGUGGCUGAGAAUGCCCUGGAGACUCAUCGCCAGCGUUGUAAGGCAGCUAAUGCUCCACAUUCGCCGCUCAUUAUGAACUGCCUGACGGGCUCAGAGCGUUCCGAACUGGUGGCCAUUGGAGUGUGCGCCGAAAUAGCCACCCAGACCAAGCAACCUAUGCUGAUAAAUUUGGUGGAUGUUUGGUCCCGUAUUUGUGCCCAGCGUCAAAACUCUCUAAGAGACUCGGCCAUCCUGGAGCAGUCCAUGCAGAUUGUGCUCUGCAAUGCCCAUAAUGUGCUCAACAAGCGUGGCAUAAUGACAUCGUAUCAAAUGAAAAUGGCACCGCAGGUGACUGCCAAGGAGCAGCAGGAAACCAAGGAUCCGCUUAACGAACUGGAUGCCCUUUGGAAGCUUAAAUAAACUGACUGAACUGAACCAACCAAUUGUGGCAGAUAACUAAAGAUUUAUCGAGUAUUUACAACUAUUUAACUGUGUGUGCAAAAAAGAUCUAUUUCUACAAAUCUGACAUUGUUGCAAACAAUUUAAAGCAAAGAAAAACAAAUGAAAAGUAUUUGAGAGGAUAUCGAAAUCAUUUUGUAAUCUAUAUCAUAUAUCGUAACUGUAAUAUUGUCUUUAACAACUGUUAUAUGAAAUUUAAUUCGAAGCUAAACGAAUCGUGAUCGUGAUGUUAAUGUGGGAUAUUUGUCAAGCGUUUCAAACCACUCUAUACGAGUAUAUUUAAAUAUUAUAUAUAUCAAUGGACACUACUGGAUAUUAUUGUCAAACAUUUAUAACACUUAAUAAAAUGCAUAAAAUAUAA